GUAAGCAAAACGGCGGAACCCAGCUUCAAGCUCUAACCGAAACAACAUAGAAGAAAUUUCUCACUCACGGUUCCUCUCUCAAGCAAUCAAGAAAGAAAGAAGGUUUGUUAGGGCAAAUAAAUCAAUAACGAAAAACCCAGAAACCGCAAAGAUUCACGUUUUCAAGAGAAAGUACAAGUGGCUACCUGAACACAAGGAAGAAAUUAAGAAGAUAUUUGAUCAUAAAGCCUCUGAUGUAUACUCAAACACAAUGUAUAGGGUGAGAAAGAAUAUUGAUCCGGGUGAUUGGAUUCCUAUUGAAACGCGCAAGAUAUUAGAAGAAAAAUGGAAUGAUGAUAAGUGGAAAAGAAAGUCACAAAUUAACACUCAUAAUAGAAGAUCUUCGGAUGGCCCACUACACACUGGAGGAUCAAUUCCAACAACUGAGCACUAUAAGAGACUAAAAAAAUCCUCAGAUACAAAUCCAACUUGUUGGGAGUUAUUUCAAAAGACACACAGAGUAAAGGGUAACCCAAACAAGUGGGUUUCUUCAAAAUCAGAGAUGGUUGCUAAUGAGUAUGAAAAAAGGAUUAUUGAGAGGGACUCACAAGAGGCACCUGGAGAUGAUGUUUCUAGUCAUCAAUCUGACAACAUCAUCUUCUUAGAUGUUGUUGGAGGAGUGGACAAGAAAGGUCGUAUAUAUGGUUUGGGACCAGAAGCAGCAAAGUACAAGUCAUCUGGAUCUUCCAUAUCUGACGGUAUCUCACUAACUGAAUAUGAACACAUGAAGACUGUUAUUUCUGAUUUGUCUGUUGAAAACAACACCCUUAAAGAGAAACUCAAGACUCAUGAGGAUUUAAUUCGUGCAUCACAAGAAGACUCACGUUUGCUUAGAGAACAAUUAUUCCGAUUUAUGGAAAGUUUUUCUGGAGGUCAUCAACCUCACCGUUCGGCUCAAAAUCCGUCUCCACCCACUUCUUGAAAUACACUACUAAAUUGUAGUGAACUCACUUUUGUUUGUCAUGACUUAGUUUCAAGAACAAUGAUAGUACUAUUUUCCUUGUAAUUUCUUAAUUUUAAGAUCUUUUUUUGAACUUGUAGUUGUAAUAUUUAAUGUCAACGAAAAAAU